AUGUUACAGACGUUGGAGAAUCUCUGCAACGAACUUAUUGAUUCUUUACCCGAUCACAGAAUUCGAGGAGGACGCACAGUUACUGUGAAAAUGAAGUUCUCGACGUUUGAUGUAAUUACAAGAUGCUGCAGCGUGGAUUACAUGAUUUCUGAUGUAGACCACUUGUUUGCUUUAUGUUCAAAGUUUGUACGUCGAGAAAUGCACAAUGACAGUAACAAAUAUUUGCGACUGCUUGGUGUGCGGUUAGCGCGUCUAGUCUUCGAAAACGAGAAGGCUGAGUCGGCAAACUCUCUAUGCUCAUUCUGGAAUCGAAAAGAAACGGAAUCUACAGCAAUGGAAUAUUUUAAUGAUGCAACAAAUCAUGGCCCUUUACUCUCAGCUUUAAAAUUCGACGGUACUGGCGGAUUAGAUGGUGCUUCCACAAAAGUGGUUCAUUUGGAUGAACCACAGUCUUGCCCAAUUUGCGAAGUCGCACUGCCGAGAGAGCUCGGUUUGGUGAAUCAUCAUAUCGACGAAUGUUUAAAUAGACAGGCGAUAAAUGAACUGCAGGAUGCUCAAAAUACCAACAAAGCGACCGUGAAACGUAGAAGUCAAGAAGAUAAGAUGCCAAAGAAAAAACUGGUGAAGAGAAGUGCGCCAAAUAAGAUACCCAAGAAUUCAUUAGAAAAUUAUUUGAGCAGAAAGCCAACGAACAUGUGA